UACAUUUCCUCUCAAACUUCUUCAUUCCUCACAUUUUUCUUCACUUUGUUUGCAAACUAAAAAUGGCAAAAACCAACAUUUUGUUGUUAUAUAUAUUCUGUUAUCUUCUUGUUGACAUUGAUGCCUUGACUGCUUCAGGGUGGAGUAAAGGUCAUGCCACAUUUUAUGGAGGCAGCGAUGCUUCAGGAACAAUGGGUGGAGCAUGUGGCUAUGGUGACUUGCACUUAGCCGGGUAUGGUACAAGAACUGCUGCAUUGAGUACAUCUCUUUUCAACAAGGGCAAAGCGUGUGGCCAAUGCUACAAGAUUGUAUGCGACCGAAAGGCUGACUCAAGGUGGUGCAAGAAGGGCUCGGUUACUAUUACUGCAACGAACUUUUGCCCACCGAAUUAUGCGCUACCGAAUAAUGCUGGAGGGUGGUGUAACCCACCCCUCCAGCAUUUCGAUAUGGCUCAGCCUGCUUGGGAGAAAAUUGGAAUCUACAAAGGUGGAAUCAUUCCUGUUAUCUUUCAAAGGGUACCAUGUAAGAGACAUGGUGGAGUUCGGUUUACCUUGAACGGGAGAGAUUAUUUUGAGCUUGUUUUGAUUACAAAUCUUGGUGGGGCGGGGUCGAUUCAAUCGGUGCGGGUGAAGGGGUCGAGAACCGGUUGGACAUCCAUGUCAAGCAAUUGGGGGUCUAAUUGGCAAUCAAAUUCGUAUUUGAACGGCCAAUCUCUUUCGUUCAUGGUCACAACAACAGAUGGUGUGACAAAAACUUUUUCAAAUAUCGUUCCUGCAAACUGGAGAUUCGGUCAAACUUACUCAAGUCGAAUACAGUUUUAAAUAUAUUUAUCUGAAGGUUUAAGUUUUAGGAUUUCAACGAGCGGUAUGCAUGUUCUCUAUAAGGAAGCAAUCCAUUCAUUUUUUCUCUAGAAAAUUAUGUUAUGAAAAUAUUUAAAUAUAGGAGAAUAAUGAGUUUUCCUACAAAAACAAGGAAACUCAUGUACACUCAAAUGUGUGUGGCAAUGCCAAAAAUUUAAAACUUA